AUGGACAUCGACAAUGAGAGGUCCACACUCACAGUAAAGGUAGCCAACGUCCCGCCGUCCGUCACAGCCCAAGAUCUUCUAACCUUCCUCGAGUCCAAAUUAGGCAAAGGCACAAUCUUCGCCCUCGAGAUUUUCACCGAACGCAAGAACUGGAAAUCCAGAGGCCAUGGCCGCGCCCAAUUCGAAGGCCCGGAAGCUAAAAACGAAGCUCUGUCUCUAUCCGGCCAGAGAAAGCUUCUUUUCAAAGGGUUUUACCUCUCGAUUUCACAUUCUUUCAACGAUAUUAUUUUCCGACCGGCGGAGCCGAGGAACCGGGUUGGGGACGGCGAUGGGCUGGUUUUGCUUGCUGGGGUUAUGGUAAGGAGUGAUUGCAUGGGGAUUUUGGAGUCGUGGGAUGGGGUUAAGCUGUGGGUUCAUCCUGAGAGGAAAAAGCUUGAGUUUUUUGUGGAUCAUGAUGGGGAGAGUUAUAAGCUGGAGGUUCAGUUUGGGGAUGUGAUUGAGACUAAAGGGUGUUGCUUGGAUGGUGAUGAUACUAAAGUUGAUGCAAUUCUUUUGAAGCUCAAACACGCGCCAAAAAUAUUCAAGAAAUUCUCCGGACCAAACAUUGCCUCAAAAUUCGCACCCGACCGAUAUCACAUCUGCAAAGAAGACUUUGACCAUCUCUGGGUCAGAACAACCGAUUUCUCUGAAGUGAAGUCAAUCGGACAUUUGACUUCGCUUUGUUGGGAAAUCGAAGGGUCAUCAAGCUUAGAAACAUACACCUGUCUACCGUACUAUUCGAAAGACGUAAUGGAACUAUCUCUAGAAGAAGGCCUAAAAUUCGGACAUUUAUCAGAUUUAGUGCCUAUUGUCACUACUAAUUUAGGACUCCCAGUACCUUACGAGGUCCUUUUCCAGCUUAAUUCGCUCGUGCACACCCAAAAAAUGAGCAUUGCCUCUAUAGACACCGAACUUCUCGAGACCCUCAGCCAGUUAGACACAGACACAGCACUUCUAAUUCUCAAGAAAAUGCACAAACUGCACACCACUUGUUUUGAACCCAAAUUAUUCAUCGAAAGUCAAUCUUAUGUCACCCGACACAAAGGAAAAAAAAGUUUUACAUCGUCAAGUUCCAAGUCUUUAAACGCUCAAAACACGAUGAGCUGUCACCGGCUACUGGUGACCCCUUCCAGAAUCUUCUGCUUGGGCCCCGAACUCGAAUCCUCAAACCACAUUGUAAAAAAUUUCGCUUCGUAUGCUUCGGAUUUUCUGAGGGUCACGUUUGUAGAUGAGGAUUGGGGCAGGCUUUCGGCACAUACUGUCUCGACUGUUAUCAAAAAAGAAAUCUUUUCGAAGCCCUACCGAACCGAUAUCUACAAUCGGAUUGUAACUGUCCUUCGAGAUGGUAUUACUAUCGGUGACAAAAAAUUCGAGUUCUUAGCGUUUUCUGCUAGUCAACUCCGUUCGAACUCCGUCUGGAUGUUUGCCUCGAACGAGUACAUCAAUGCGGACGAUAUAAGAGAUUGGAUGGGCUGCUUUAAAAAGAUUCGGAGCAUAUCGAAAUGUGCUGCUCGAAUGGGACAGCUGUUUAGCUCGUCCAUGCAAACUUUCGAAGUCCACCCGAGAGACAUUGACCGUAUACCCGAUAUCGAGAUAGUUUCUGAUGAUGGCGUGAAAUAUUGCUUUUCGGAUGGUAUCGGGAAAAUAUCCUACACGUUUGCUAAGGAUAUUGUCCGAAAACUCGGUCUGACUCACGUACCGUCCGCUUUCCAAAUCCGUUAUGGUGGAUAUAAGGGGGUGAUAGUCGUGAGCCGAAAUUCCUUCCGGAAGCUUGCUUUGAGAAGCAGCAUGCUCAAGUUCGAGUCCGAUAAUUGCAUGCUUAAUGUUACGAAAUGGAGCGAGUCUCAAUCUUGCUACUUGAACCGGGAGAUUAUUACGCUUUUAUCCACCCUAGGCGUGGAGGAUAAUGUAUUCCUGGCGAUGCAGGAAGUACAACUUCAAGAACUCGGAAGAAUGCUGACCGAAAAGGAAGCUGCCAUUAGUGUUUUGGAAAGCACGGGAGGUGGCGAGAUGAAGAGUUUGCUGACUAGGAUGUUGAUGCUCGGGUACGAACCGAAAAACGAGCCGUACUUGUUAAGAAUGCUUAGGUCUCAUCUCGAGACGCAGCUCAUGGAUUUGAGGACUAGGUGCCGUAUUUUUGUGCCGAAGGGGCGUGUGCUGGUGGGGUGCCUGGACGAGACAGGGAUUUUGGAGUACGGGCAGGUUUUUGCUCGGGUGACCAUGAAUAAAAUCGAGGCAGAAUCGGGAGAUCAGAAGUUUUUCAAGAGGGUUGAUGAAACUACGUCUGUAAUUGUCGGUAAAGUUGUGGUGACGAAGAAUCCAUGUCUUCAUCCGGGAGAUGUGAGGGUGCUCGAAGCCGUGUAUGAUGAGAGGUUUCAAAGGAGUAAUCUGGUAGAUUGCCUCGUUUUUCCUCAGAAAGGAGAGAGGCCUCACCCUAAUGAAUGCUCGGGAGGUGAUCUUGAUGGUGAUCUGUACUUCAUAAGCUGGGACGAAAAUCUAAUUCCACCUCGAACUGUGACCCCCAUGGACUACACUGGUCGACGAGCUCGAAUAAUGGAUCACGACGUGACAUUAGAGGAAAUUCAGAAAUUCUUUGCGGAUUACUUGAUCAGUGACACGCUCGGCACGAUCUCGACUGCACAUCUGAUCCACGCGGACCGCGAGCCCGAAAAAGCCCUCAGCCCAAAAUGCCUCGAGCUCGCGAACCUCCACUCCAUGGCCGUUGACUUCGCCAAGACUGGUGCCCCGGCCGAGAUGCCCUCAUACCUUAAACCCCACGAGUUCCCCGAUUUCAUGGAGCGUUGGGAGAGGCCCAGUUACGUCUCGUGGGGUCCACUCGGCAAGCUCUACCGGGCCACGAUCCGUUUCGUCCGCCAAACAAAGCCCAAGGCUCGUGAUAACAUCAUCCCUCACGAAAUCCCACCCGACUCGUACGAUCAAGACCUUAUUGUCGAUGGAUACGAACGGUUUCUGAAAAUCGCCGAAACUCACAAGGAGAGGUAUAUGGAUAAAAUGGGGUCCCUCAUGAGUUAUUACGGAGCGGAGAGCGAAAUCGAGAUACUCACCGGAAAUUUGGAGAAAAAGUCGGGUUAUCUGCAAAGGGAUAAUCGGAGGUACGGUGAGGUGAAGGAUCGGGUUUUGGUGUCGGUCAAGAAUUUGACGAGGGAGGUCAAAGGGUGGUUCGAAGGGGAGUGCGGUGGUGGAGGAGAGGAUGAUCGGCGCCAGCUGGCGGCCGCUUGGUAUCACGUUACGUAUCACCCGAGUUAUUCUGGUGGAAGUAGUAGGGUCUGUUUGGGGUUUCCUUGGGUUGUGGGGAAUGUAUUGAUGGAUAUUAAAUCGGCCAAACACGGUGUAAUCGUGGAGUAUGUUGCCGAGUGA